AUGGCAUCCGCAGUCUCAAAGCGCCUCGAAGGCAAGACAAUUCUCAUCACCGGAGCGUCUUCCGGUAUCGGCAAGGCCACAGCCUUCGAGUUCGCCCGCACCAGCCCCAAGAACCUCAAGUUGGUCUUGACAGCGCGACGAAUUGAUAGUCUUCGUCAAAUCGCUGAAGAUAUCGUCAAAGAAGUUGGCGAUUGUGUCAAAGUGCACCCCGUCCAACUGGACGUCAGCAAGCCUGAAGAGGUGCGCUCUUUCGUGAGCAAACUGCCUGCAGAGUUUAGUGAGAUCGAUGUCUUGGUCAACAAUGCCGGUCUCGUCAAGGGCGUUGAUAAGGCUCCUGAGAUCAAGGAGGAAGACAUCAAUGUCAUGUUCGCUACCAACGUCACAGGCUUGAUCAAUAUGACACAAGCUAUCCUACCUAUUAUGCUGAAGCGUAAUAACGGCGAAGGAGCCGGUGACAUUAUCAACAUUGGCUCAAUCGCAGGUCGUGAGCCUUACGUUGGCGGUAGCAUUUAUUGUGCGACCAAGGCUGCCAUCCAUUCGUUCACUGAGAGUCUGCGAAAGGAGCUUAUUUCAAAACGCAUCAGAGUCAUCAGAAUAGACCCUGGCCAAGUCGAGACCGAGUUCUCAGUAGUCAGAUUCUACGGGAAUAAAGAAAAGGCCGAUGCAGUCUAUGCUGGCUGUGAGCCUUUGACACCGGAUGAUAUUGCUGAAGCCAUUGUAUUUGCUGCUGGCAGAAGGGAGAAUGUAGUCAUUGCUGAUACCUUGAUAUUCCCCAACCACCAGGCUGCGGCUACGAUUAUGCACAGAAAGAGCUAG